AUGCCACGUUUGCUAGAGCAGUCAUUUGCCUGCCUCAAACCUGGCGGAUGGGCCGAGUUCCAAGACUGGGAUGCGAUGGUGCAAUCUGCGGACGAUUCAACAAAAGGCACCAGUAUCGAGCAGUAUUUCCUCAACACCCUUCCUGCCUUUGAGAGCGCUGGCUACAGCACUCGACCAGGCAGAUAUCUCGAGAAAUGGAUGAAGGAUGCCGGAUUCGUUAACAUUCAGGUUCACAAGCACAUCGUCCCACUCGGAACGUGGGCGAAGGACAAAUGCUAUAAAACAAUCGGUGCCUACAACCUCCUCCAGUUCGAAGAAUCUCUGGAAGCGAGUGCUGUGGCUGCAUUGACCCGUUUCCAAAAUUGGUCAAAGGCAGAAGUCGACAUAUUGAUUGCGAAGACGAAGCAGGAUGCAAGGAACCCGAAGAUUCAUCCCAUAUUCCACUUCUACAUUGUUUUUGGCCAGAAACCUGGGAAGCCAAAUACUGACUGA